UAUAUUAUAUAAUGAUAACGGCAUAACUGAAAAACGAUUUUUCGUCUCAUGAGUCCGACUUCAUCGAGUACUUCAUCGAGUUUCUACCGAGUUGCUUACCUUUACCGGGCUCUACUGUCGUAGUGUUGUACUCGACUCGUCUGUCUGUCCUGUUAGGUUACCGCAGUGCCACGGUCUUGUGACUUGUAGUGUUUUGUUCACGUCGGACGUGUUAAUAGUGUCUUCGUCAGAAACAUGUUGUCAGUUGCCAGUUCAUUCGAAACCAUCCACAAGGGACAAAUUCUUUCAACAGAUAUUGAUUAUUACAAUAAAUAUGUUUGUACUAGUUCUACGGAUGGCGUUAUUCAAAUUAUCGAUAGUGACAAACCAGACUUGUAUGCACCGGUGAUACAAUUACAAGAACAUGUCGGUCCCGUAUGGCAAGUAAAGUUUUCACAUCCAAAAUUUGGAUUUUUAGCUUCGUGUGGAUCAGAUGGUAAACUAAUUAUACGUACAACUAAUGACAAGGGUGAGUGGAAGGUUAUUUAUCAAUAUGAUGGACACAAAUCAUCAACGACUUCUAUAGAUUGGGCGCCGUAUAAAUCUGGAGCAAUCAUAGCUUGUUCAAGUGUUGAUGGUACUAUUUCAAUACAUGCUCUAAAUAAUAAUGAUUGGUGUGUAUCAAAGAUCCCUAAUGCUCAUGUAAAUGGUGUUAACUGCAUCAGUUGGUCAAAUGAAUUAUUCAACAAUAAUUUGCUAUUAGUUAGCGGAGGAAAUGAUAAUAAGAUCAAAAUAUGGCAAGGUCAAAUAGGUAUGUGGAACAUUAAGUAUGAAUCAGACAAUCAAUUAUCUGCUAUCAAAGACAUAAGUUGGAGUCCAACUCCUGGUCUGUACAAACAUGUAAUUGCUAGCUGUGCUUCUAAUGGUAGAGUAUUUGUAUGGGGAAGUGAUGAUUUUUUUGAUUGGGCACAAACAGAAAUUGACCCCGAUAACGUGCAAAAACAAAAAAUUAGUUUUUCUUGUUUUGGAACUAUGUUAUCUGUUACAAUGAACAGUUAUGCUGUACGACUUUGGAAACAGAUUGAUAAACAAACUUGGAUGUGUAUGGAUAAUAGUAUUGCAAACAGAAAAACUUUGGAUCGUCAAAACAUAAAUGUUAAUCAAGAUAUAUUUGCUUCUAUUAUUUAAUGGAUAGUAUUUUCAAUACAUUAAUUUUUAUUUGAAAAUUAAUGCAAUUUCAAUAUGAUUCCUGACUGAAUUGACUAUGACUGCUGUUUUUAUAUAACUAAAAAAAAAUUGUAAUUUUAUGUUGAGUAAGGAAAUAAUAUUUUGAAUAAAUAUGUAAAGG